GAAGAUAGCGAGAGCUAGAGAGAGAUUCCUCCGAUAAGGCCAGAGAAUGCAGCUCGCCACACCACACAGCAUCUCUCUUCUCCUGCCAUCCUCCUCUCGUCUUCACUCCCUGACUUUCCCCAGACGAUUAUGCGCUAUUUCAUAUUCUUCUCAAACUUCGGUUCUCCCGGAUGCGGGAGAUGAUUUCAUCGUCGGCGACUGUCUCGUGUACGAGGACGGCGUCUUUGAUGACCCUUACCUUGAGGAGGAGGUCAGUCUCGUUUCUCGUGACGCGAUCCAGGGGCGGAAGACGAAGCGGCGGGGCAGGGCCCAGAGAAUAGUUGAAUCGGAGAUCGAGCCGGAGAACCUCGUGCCGGAUGAAUGGAGGGAUGUCCAGGCGGAGGUGAACCUGACGAAGAAGGACAAGCGGAAAAUAGCGCAGGAGCUGGAGUUUGGUGUUCGGGUUGAGAAGAAGAGACAAGGCCUAAUUCCGCUUAGGAGCGUCGACUUGAAGGAUUAUCUGACGUACAAGGAAGCCAAGUUGGGUCAACUGAAGCCUGUCAUUCUCGAUAAACCGAGCACUUUCUCGGGCGAUGUAGAGACCGGUGUAGCAUCUUCGAGCGAGCGAGUAGCUCCAAAGAACCCUCGAUGGGCGGUUUACGGCAAGGGAUUCGACCACGUUACCAAGUUCUUCAACAGCGACAAGUACGAUCCCAGUGGCAAGAAAUCUGAGGGCCCUCGGAAACUGCUUUCAAAAGAAGAGAAAUUCAUGCUCAAUAGCCGAAUUCCCAACCUAGCAGUUGCCACCUCCAAUAAAUGGCUUCCUCUCCACACACUGGCAGCAUCGGGAGAGUUUUAUCUUGUUGAUUCCUUGCUAAAGCACAACCUCGAUAUCAAUGCAACCGACGUGGGAGGCUUGACUGCACUUCACCGAGCAAUAAUUGGUAAAAAGCAGGCUAUUACAAACUACCUGCUGAGGGAAUCGGCAAACCCAUUUGUUCUUGAUAAUGAAGGUGCAACCUUGUUGCACUAUGCUGUGCAAACAGCUUCAGCUCCCACGAUAAAACUUCUCCUGCUAUAUAACGCUGAGAUAAACGCUCAAGACAGGGACGGGUGGACGCCCCUGCAUGUUGCAGUACAGGCCAGAAGAAGCGACAUUGUGAAGCUUCUUUUGAUAAAAGGGGCGGAUAUACAAGUGAAGAACAAGGAUGGGUUAACUCCGCUAGGCCUUUGCCUCUACAUUGGAAGAGAGACAAGGACGUAUGAGGUGAUGAAGAUGUUGAAAGAGUUUCCCCGUACUAGACUCAAGAUGAAGCUAUGCUAGACUCGUCUUAACAGCAGCAGCUGGAGUCACACUCACACUCACAGUCACAGUCGGUUGGAUUGAAUUUUGGAAUGGGCAUUGACUAGAAUGAGAAAACCGGAAAGUGUUUGACGGGAAAAGGUGAAAUGGAAGAAAAUAAUAUGGAACCUCCGAUUCGGACUGCUCCACUCUCUUCUUCCUCACUUCAUUAGAAUCGGUUUGUUGUUAAUCUUAUCCAUCGGUUUUGUAUAUGUAUCACAGCUUGGAGUAUCACUAACCACAUUCCAAGAAAAUAUAUAGAUAAAAUAGAUGAAAACUGUAAUCUCCAUUCGUUUUUUAAUUGGUUUUAUAAUAAUGUCAGCUUGUUGGUGAUUUGAGAAGAAUGGAUAAAAAAGUUGCAGUUCAUGUAAA